AUGGUCAGGCUGGUGCUGCCCAACCCUGGCCUGGAGGCCCGGAUCCCGACGCUGGGUGAGCUGGAGAGCCUCGAGAAGCAGGAGAGCGGCUCCCGGCCCCAGUGGGACAACAAGGCGCAGUACAUGCUCACCUGCGUGGGCUUCUGCGUGGGCCUGGGCAACGUGUGGCGCUUCCCCUACCUGUGCCAGAGCCACGGCGGAGGGGCGUUUAUGAUCCCGUUCCUCAUCCUGCUGGUCCUGGAGGGGAUCCCGCUGCUGCAUCUGGAGUUCGCCAUCGGGCAGCGGCUGCGGAAGGGGAGCGUGGGCGUCUGGAGCUCCAUCCACCCGGCCCUCAAGGGCGUAGGCAUCGCAUCCAUGUUCGUGUCCUUCAUGGUGGGUCUCUACUACAACACCAUCAUCGCCUGGGUUAUGUGGUACUUCUUCAACUCCUUCCAGGACCCCCUGCCGUGGAGCCAGUGCCCACUCAAUGCCAACCAGACAGGCUACGUGGAGGAGUGUGCCCGCAGCUCCUCCGUGGAUUACUACUGGUACCGGGAGACCCUCAACAUCUCCACCUCCAUCGACGACUCGGGCUCCGUGCAGUGGUGGAUCCUGCUGUCCCUGACGUGCGCCUGGAGCGUGCUCUACGUGUGCACCAUCCGCGGCAUCGAGACCACCGGGAAGGCCGUGUACAUCACGUCCACGCUGCCCUAUGUCGUCCUGACCAUUUUCCUGAUCCGGGGCCUGACGCUGAAGGGAGCUUCCAGUGGCAUCGUCUUCCUCUUCACGCCCAACGUCACGGAGCUGGCCAACCCAGUGACCUGGCUUGACGCGGGGGCCCAGGUCUUCUACUCCUUCUCGCUGGCCUUCGGGGGCCUCAUCUCCUUCUCCAGCUACAACUCUGUCCACAACAACUGCGAGAUGGACUCGGUCAUUGUGUCUGUGAUCAACGGCUUCACGUCCGUGUACGCGGCCACUGUGGUCUACUCCAUCAUCGGCUUCCGCGCCACCGAGCGCUUUGAUGACUGCUUCAGCGCGAACAUCCUGACGCUUAUCAAUGGGUUCGACCUGCCCGAAGGCAACGUGACACAGGAGAACUUCGCUGAGAUGCAGCGGUGGUGCAAUGCCUCCAACCCCGCGGCCUACGCAGAGCUCAAGUUCCAGACAUGCGACAUGAAUACCUUCCUCUCGGAGGGCGUGGAGGGCACCGGGCUGGCCUUCAUCGUCUUCACCGAGGCCAUCACCAAGAUGCCGGUGGCCCCGCUCUGGUCCGUGCUCUUCUUCAUCAUGCUUUUCUGUCUGGGCCUGUCGUCCAUGUUCGGGAACAUGGAGGGUGUGGUGGUGCCCCUGCAGGACCUCAAGGUCAUCCCCAAAAACUGGCCCAAGGAGCUGCUCACAGGCCUCAUCUGCUUGGGGAUGUAUCUCAUCGCCUUCGUCUUCACCCUGAACUCGGGCCAGUACUGGCUGUCUCUGCUGGACAGUUACGCGGGCUCCAUCCCCCUGCUCAUCAUCGCCUUCUUCGAGAUGUUCUCCGUCGUCUACGUGUACGGCAUAGACAGGUUCAACAGGGACAUCGAGUUCAUGAUCGGCCACAAGCCCAACAUCUUCUGGCAGGUCACGUGGAGAGUGGUGAGUCCCCUGCUCAUGCUGACCAUCUUCCUGUUCUUCUUCGUGAUCAAGGUCAACGAGGAGCUGAUAUACAGCGUCUGGAACCCAGCCUAUGAGGAAUUUCCCAAAUCCCAGAAACUCAAGUACCCGAACUGGGUGUACGGCGUGGUGGUCAUUGUGGCCGGGGUGCCCUGCCUUGUCAUCCCUGGCUUCGCCAUCUACAGGCUCAUCAGGAACCGCUUCCAGAGGGCAGGGGACCGGCAGGGGCUGGUUGGCGCGCCGUCCACGGUCUCGGUGAACGGGGACCUGAAGUAUUGAGUGGCCCAGCCCACGGCAUGGGGUGUGGCGUCAGAGGAGAGGGUGGGCUGCAUGUGUGUGCGUGUGUGAGCGUGUGUGUGCACGUGUGUGUGUGUUGUGUGAGUGUGCCUGCGUGGGGGCAUGUAUACAUGGGCGUGAGCGUGUGCCUAUGUACACAUGUGUGCACGUGUGUGAGUGUAUAUACGUACGUGCACAAGAGUGUUUGCAUAUGAGUGGAUGCUGUGUGAGUGUGCACGUGUGUGAGUGUGUAUGUGUACAUUGCGAGUGUACAAGUAUAAAAGUGUGUACACAGUGUGUGGGUGUGUGCCUACAUAGGUAUGUGUGUAUGGGUGAGUGUAUAUACAUGUGCAAGUGUAUGUGUGGGUGUGUGGGUGUAUGUAAGCAUGUGUGCACAAAAGGGGACAGGAGGGACCCUCCCGGUGUGGGGACACACACGUGUGAGUGUGUGUGCACAUGCAUGUGUAUGUGUGCUUGUACAUGUAUGUGUGAGCAGGUGUAUACAUGAGUUGGCGCAUGAAUGUACUCGCACGUGUGAGUGUGCAUGCAUGUGCGUGUGUCUAUGCACCGUGCACAUGUGUAUCCGUGCGUAUGUAUGUGUAUGCACAGCUAUGUGUGUGUCUGUGUGUAUGCAUGCAUGCCUAUGGCUAUGUGUGUACACAUGCAUGUUGCCCUGCGGCACACAUGCCUGCCAGGUGAGGCCCAGCGGCCCAGGAGCAGACUGGUGGUCCCCCCGCCCUGCCCACAUUCCCAGGGAGAGUCAGAGCUGCAGCGGGGGUGUGCCUGCUGGGCGUGUCCUGCUCAUCUUGGCCCCUAGGAACAUAAUCUCGUUGCCCGCCCCCCAUUCCCCUCGUGUCACCUCCUAAGCUCGGGACUCCCGCCGUGAGGUCGGGGCUUUGACCUCGUGGCUAGGAGUGCUCUUCCCAAGGCCUGUCCAGAAGAGGCCGGUGAGCUUGCGAGAACCUGGCAGAGCCCUGUGGGGCCCCGCCCACCUGCCGGCCGUGAAGAGCCCCCGAGUCUUGGCCACAUUCCGGCGUCGUGAAGGCUGACCCACUUAAUCACUGCAUCUGGCCGCCAUGAACAGACGAAUAGUUAAUAAAACUCAGCUUGGGCGAUUUAGGGCAGAAAAUCCCACUUCGCGCUUUCUUGAGCGGAUAGCAACUGCGUGAGUACUUAGCCAGGUGUCGGGAAAGACGAGUUCACGGGUCACCACCUCAGCCUUGGCCACCGCGGUGGAGGACCGUGCAUGCGUCCCGAGCAGCGUCAGGGGCCUCGAAGGCCCGGAGGGCCGUGCACCGGGUGUCGCCAGCGGACGUCGGCCCCUCUCUCCCAGCCAGGGACGGGGUGCCACACCCAGUCUCAGCCCAGGCCACGCGGCACUUGGGUGUUUGUUUCCAAGAACUAGUCGCCUCCACUUUCCAUGGAAAGAUCUGGAAGUUUAAGUUAAACAGGACCUUCUGAGGAUUCUCGGCGCAGGAUGGGAGACCCGAGUGGGAGUGGGUCCCGGCGCCGUGUCCCUCCCACCUGGAGACGCCCCGCCAGCUUCCGCAGGACCCCCCCUCCCUGCUCCCCAGAGCGUUCCGACCCUCCUCUGGGGCAGCUCUGCUGCCUCCGCCCCGGGGCAUGGAGGGGGACACGCUCCCACGCGUGACCUGGACGGGGCUGGUCCGUCCGUCUCUCUGUGGCUUGGUGAGGGUUCCUUUCAGACUUCACAUUUCGCAAAUUGUUAGAAAUUUGGGCUUUGUGGGCAUCGCGUGUACCUGUCUGAAUAAAUCACUCCCUUUCA